GUUACAAAUGGGCGUGGCUGAUCCAAAAUCAAAACAAGAAGUUAGGAUUUAAUUUUGCUUGGAUUGUAUUAAAUUGUAGGUAGCUACGCUAGCUAUGACCGUGGAUAUGGAUGGUUGGCCGUUCCCAAAACAUCGUGGCUUAGGAUGGAGGUCUAGUUCAGUGAUGGUGAAGUUAUGCACUUCUCUGGUUAUGAAAUUGUUAAUUUCUGUAGGCCAGAGGGUUCAAACAAGAAACGUUAAGCAGCUUGUUAAGGUAGUUGCUGGCCGACCCAAAGGAACUCCACUAGUGACAGUGAGCAAUCAUGCCUCCUGCAUUGAUGACCCUGCUAUUUGGAGUGUUCUUCCAUUGAAGUUGUGUACUACUAAACGUAUGUCAAGAUGGGUUCCUGCUGCCAAGGAGUUAGUUUUCCCCAACAAGCUUCUGUCAUCUUUUUUUUCCAGAAGCCAGCUCGUGCCUGUGGUUAGAGGUGAUGGUGUCUAUCAGCAAGGAGUGAACUUUUGUUUGCAAUUGCUUAACGAAGGAAAUUGGAUCCAUGUGUUCCCAGAAGGCAAAGUGAAUAUGAAUGGCAAUACAAUGCGCUUGAAGUGGGGUGUUGGACGAAUGGUUGCUGAAUCAGCUAAAAUUCCACUUGUUCUUCCUUUGUGGCAUGUUGGAAUGGAUGAUAUAUUGCCAAAUUCAGCACCCUACAUACCACGUUUUUUUAAGAAGCUGACAGUCUAUGUUGGUGACCCCAUUGAUGUAUCUUCAAUAAUAAAGGCUCAUUACCAGCGAUGUCAUACAGACUUCCAUGCUAAUGCUGUGGAGCUAAGAAAACAGAUAACAGACAUAAUUCAGCAAAAAAUGUAUGAACUGAAAGCACAUGCUGAAACACUGCAUACCCUCAAAAAAGUGUAGUUAGUAUUAGGAUGAUUAUAAUUAUGCACUCAGUCGUAAAUCAACGUGUUCCACAACAAUGUUGACACAUUUUGUAUGCGUACAA